AUGAGCGCGCCUCAAGAGGACCCAGCAUUCAUCAACGAGACCAAGGAGAAAUGGAACCGCGUCAGGAAUUCAGCUAUCACCUUCUUGGCACUCAGGACAGAAAAAUAUCUCGCACUGAAACAAGCUCGACGAGCUCGACUUGUGGAAUGUGUCUUGUACAUCGGUUUCACCAUCAUCUUCUCCUACGUCAUCAUAGCAGCUCGAGACACCUCCAAGGCUUUCAACCAUGCACAAGGAGUCAGAGAAUAUCUCAUAGGGACUGAAAUCCCUUCGCUCCCUGGCAAGACGUUCGAUACUGUUGCAACCAUAUCCGAGCUCUGGUUCUGGAUCAAUGAAGUACUUGUGGAGAGGGUCAUUUGGUCCCAGGGGAACGACCUCAGGUACCCGAUCCUGGGGAACAACCAGUUCAUCGGCCCCAUUCGCAUCCGACAGGCUCGGGUGAUGGAACUUCAGUGCAAGAUGCCACCGGCCCUGGCGUACCGGGGUUCGAACUGCUACAACGAAUACUCAGACGCUACCAUGGAGAGGAGGAAGAAUCCUCCAGGGACCUCGUGGCCGCUGUAUGGAGAGUGCGCAAGGAUGUCACCGACUCUGACGGACUGUCGCAACUGGACUUCGUACAACCCCGGGUACGGGUGGGUGCCUAUCGACUCGUUUGCUGGGACAACGUACGGGGGUGGAGGGUACGAGGUCGAGUUGCCAGUCAGGAAGUCGGACACACUGCUGCUCCUGAAAGACAUGCAGAAAUAUGAGUGGCUGAAUGACAACUUCACGAGGGCUGUGUUCUUUGAGUUCGUCCUGUACAACCCCAACUCCAACUUGUUCCUCAGCACCCUGCUGGCUGUUGAAAUCCCGCCGAGUGGUGGGAUGGUUCCUUCCACAGCCUUGCGCGUGGUCGACCUCUAUCCUCAAGGUCGCAAGAGCUCGCAGCAAGCGACGGCGCUCUUCUACCUUGUUUUCGGCAUGGUGAUCGUGAUGACCGUAGCAGAGAUCCUUAUGGUCCUCAAGCACGGGAGGGACUUUCUCAAGGACGGCUACAACCUCAUCACAGUCAUCAACAUCAUCUUCUUCUUCAUCGUUUACAUCCUUGACCUCAACUCCCUUACGACUUCCUCCAAGAUUCUGUCCAAGACUUCCAACGUGAACGACCCUGCAAUUGCGGUGAAGAUCCACCAGACCGCCUACAUUGCAAAGCUCGUCUACAACUUCAACGCUUUCAACGCUUUCUUGGCCUGGUUGAGAUGCUUGAAGUACAUGGACCUUAUCUCUGACCGCACUGAGAGGAUCACUGCUACGCUCUCUGCAUGCGCCUCCAGCGUCGCUGCCCUUCUCGUCAUCUUCGGCAUCUUCUACGCCGGCUUCUCCAUCGCCUUCUUUGCCGCCUUCGGGCAGGACCUCUACCGCUUCCGCACCAUGGGCAUGACAUGCCUUUCCCUCUUCGACAUCCUGAUGGGAGGAGGGAAUUUACAAGAACUUGUCCAGUACAACAAGGUGCUGGGGCCUCUUCUCUUUGUCAGCUUCGUCGUGCUCAUGGCUCUGGUCCUCCUCAACAUGUUCCUCGCCAUCAUCGUGCAGACCUACAGCCAUGUUUGUGAGAGGAUGGAGAAAGAUCAGUCGGAAGUUUCGUCGUCGGUCCGAUGGGUAGCAAGAAAGGGCGCCAGGAGCUUGCUCAAGAUGAUCUUCGGAAGCGGCAAGAAGAAGAACGUCGUCGAGAAACAGAAGGACGACUCGCUCCUCAACGAGUCGGAGCUCCGCAUCAUCUGGGAGACAGACCACGACGCGUUCGAGGUCAUGGGCAUCUCGCGGUUGUCACAAUUCCUGGACAUUGCGGACACAACAGGAGAGAACGAGAUGGAGCUCUCGGCAGUCCAGGAUCACGACAAGAAGCUGGACGGCAACCAGGACCAGGGCACCAACGAGGAGAUCUCGCACCUGCUGAUGAAGCUGCUGGAGAGGACAAGCGCGGUCAUGCUCGAGCAGAAGAAGCUCCGAGGAAUCGUGGAAGGCUCCCGCCCGACCUCCCGGGUGGCGAACGCGAAACCAUGA